AUGGGAAGAAGCAGUCAAUUGGUGAGUUCAGUGAGAGAGGAGCUGGAUAGUUUGCUUCCCCUGUAUCCUCUGUGCAGUAUCUACAAAGUUCCCGAGAGACUAAGGCGUGUAAGCCAAAAGGCGUACACACCUAAGUUAGUCUCCAUAGGUCCACUUCACCAUGGCAAAGAACACCUGAACCCCAUGGAGGAGCAUAAAUUGAGAUACCUGCAACAGUAUUUACGUCGGACACAAGUAAACUUGGAGGACUAUGUACACAAAAUAAAGGCACAAGAAGCAGGAUUGCGCAGUUGCUAUGCAGAAACAAUUGCCUUUAGUAGUGACGAGUUUGUAAGAAUUAUGCUUGUGGAUGUCGCCUUCAUUAUUGAGGUCUUACUGAGAUUCCGCUUCCAUCAGUUGUCAGAAGAGAAUGAUCGCCUAUUCAACAGAACAUGGAUGUUUGAAGAAUUAUGGAUGGACUUGCUUUUGCUUGAAAAUCAGUUGCCAUUCUUCAUUCUUGAGGAUUGUUUCGACACUGACAAAAUUCAAGCAUCAUCUAACAUUUCUGAGAGGCUUUCCCUAAUUGAUCUUUCUCAUUAUUUCUUCACAAAUAAAUUGCAGAUAAAGGAAACAGAAGGCAAUUUGGAGAUCAUACGUUCUUCUCAAGUAGAACAUUUUGUUGAUUUUUGUAGAAGUUUAUAUCUUCCACUGAAACCGUCAACUACAGCAGGUCCGAUGACCAAAACCACACCCAGCAUCACAGAGUUACAUCGUGCUGGAGUUAUGUUUAAGUUGAAAUCGAGCAGUAACUUAUUUGACAUAAAGUUCAUUAGUGGCGUACUCGAAAUUCCAAAGUUAGCAAUAAGUGAUGAAUUAGAGAUAACAGUCAAAAAUAUCAUUGCCUUUGAACAAACUGACUGCAGGGAGACCAUCAUGAGUGAUUAUGCUUUCAUCAUCGACCGUCUUGUGAAGACUUCAAAGGAUGUGGAGCUGCUUGUUAGUAAUGAAAUUCUUGAAAAUGGGCUUGGUAGUAGCUCUGCAGCCGCUGCUAUGAUUAACAACCUUGCUGAUGGAUUGACUGUGGCUCCCAGAGGCUGCUGUUAUGGGACUAUUUUGAAAGACUUGAACGAGCACUGCAGCAACCCACAGCACCAGUGGCGGGAAUACUUGCUUAAGCAUUUCCGCAACUCAACCUGGCCAACUAAGAAAACUACUGCGGCUGUUAUUUUUCUAGUACUCAGUCUCAUACAGACAAUAUGUCUUCUUAUCUUUAUAGUCUUGCUCAGCUAA